AGUUCUUUAUUGUCUGUGGUCUGUGUUUAUUGUGCUUGUUUUUUCAUAGUUCGGUACUUUUGUAAAUACAUCGAAAAGACCAUACAUAAAAUAGAUUUGGUUUUGUGAAGUUAUUGAAAAAAAUGCUUUCCCGGUUAAGAAUUAAACGUGAUAUAAAAUUCUUUGUAAGAUGUUUGUCUGAUAAACCUCCAGAACAUGACAGUAAGAUGCCUGAAAUUAAAUCGAGAGACAAAAAAGAUGAAAAGAAAGAUACCGACACAGAAUCGAGCACAGAGAAGAUACAGGCUCUCCUAAAACUCAUGCUUGCGGACCCCAAAAUAUCUGAUAGUGAAUACCGUGAAAGGUUCACCACAGCGCCUGAGAGACCAAAAAGACAAAAGCCUGAUGUACUUGAGGUGAAAAUGGAGAAAAUCGAGGAAAACAUCACCAAAGCUGCAGCAGAAGUUGCACAGGUUAUUGGUGGCAAUGUCAAACAAACUGAAGCAGACCUGCUAUCCAAAGUUUUGGGCAAAAUUAACCAAACCUCCACUACUCUCAGCGACUUAAUAGUGGGCAUGAAAGUGGACAGAUCAAGGGACAGUGAGGAACCAAUGGCCAGAGAAACAAGAGGGCAACAAGUUAAACGUUUAACAGAAAAGUCUAGAGUGGACGUGCAGAGGACCAGAUAUAGCAAGAGACAUCAGGAUAGGGAAGAACCCAGACCAAAGCAAAGACAAAGUAUGUCUCAAGCGAACACUAUCAACAUAUUUACGGGGGAGCCACUGGGCAUUUUUGAAGCAAAGGAGCCAAACUACGGAACUAGACUAGAUUUAUGGGAGAAGUUAAAUCAAAGGGAGUUAAUGCUAGCAACAUCUCAACCCCCAGCUAAUUACUUCCAGAAGAUGAUAAUGUGGACAGAGCAAGGCAAAGUGUGGAAGUUCCCCAUUAAUAAUGAACAAGGAAUGGAAGAAGAAAAGAAUGUCCACUUUUCUGAACAUAUAUUUCUAGACGCACACCUAGAAGGAUGGUGUCCAACUAAAGGGCCGAUCCGACACUUCAUGGAACUAGUAUGUGUCGGUCUUUCGAAGAAUGCCUUUUAUACAGUAAAGGAAAAGAUAGAUCACAUUAUGUGGUAUAAAGAGUACUUUGAAUCAAAACAGGACAUGCUGACGGAAAUCGGUGCUUGGGAUAACAAAAGUGAACAAAAAAGCGAAACUAGUACCCCUGUAUAAGUGUUGUAAAAUAUUUUAUUAUUAGG